AUGUGCGCCUCUGAGAUGGGGACGCUGUGGCACCAUUGGUCCCCUGUGCUUAUCAGCCUGGCCGCCCUAUUUUCCAAAGUGUCGGAGAGUCGCGGGAUCCUCGACAGCAUCCAGAGGUUCUCCCUGCUGCCCACCUACCUGCCCGUGACCUACCACAUCAACAACGCGGACGUGUCCUUCUUCCUGAAGGAAGCCAACCAGGACAUCAUGAGGAACUCCAGCCUGCAGUCGCGCGUGGAGUCCUUCCUGAUCUACAAAGCCAAGCGGCUGCCGGUCCUGAACGCCAGCUACGGGCCGUUCUCCAUCGAGCAGGUGGUGCCGCAGGACCUGAUGCUGCCUUCCAACCCCUUCGGGCUGACCAGCAAGUUCUCUCUGAACUGGAAGCUGAAAGCCCACGUCCUGCGGGAGAAGAUCUACCUGAGCCGGCCCAAGGUGCAGGUGCUGUUCUCCAUCGUGGGCAGAGACUGGGGCGACCGCGGCGCCGGGGAGAGGCUGCCGUGUCUCAGGGUCUUCGCUUUCCGGGAGACCAGAGAGGUGAGGGGCGGCUGCCGGCUGCGGGGGGAGCUGGGGCUGUGCGUGGCCGAGCUGGAGCUGCCGCCCGCCUGGUUCAGCGCCCCCACCGUGGUUGCGGGGAGGAAGAAGUUCGCGGACCCGCCGGAGGGGAGCCCCGUGGAGCUGUACUACACCGUGCAGCCGGGUGACGACAGAGGGGACUGUGCCAGGGAAGACGCGAGGAGAGGCGGGGGCAUCCGGGCGGGCCACAACGACAUCGACGAGUCCGGCCCGCCCCUGCACCGGAUCGGGAGUGUCUAUCUGUACCCGACCCGCAGCCAACCUCCCCUGCGGGAGCUGCGACUGGACGGCAACGUGGCCAUUCAUUACGCACCAAAGACCGUGAGACGAGGGGACGUGCUGACUUUUCCCGUUUCCAUCUCCAAAAACUCCACGGAAGAUCGCUUCACGUUGAGGGCCAAGGUGAAGAAGGGCGUGAGCAUCGUGGGCGUGCGAGCCAGCAGCCCUGCCGUCUGGGACGUCAGGGAGAGCGCUGACCACGCGGGCAAGUACGCGCCAGCUGUCAUCGUUUGUCAGAAGAAAUCGGCUGGCUCAGAACACAGUGCCGGCGGCGCCUCCCACGAAGUCAUGCAGAUCGACCUACAAGUGGAAGAGCCCGGUGACCUGCCGGCCACUCAGCUGGUCACGUGGCAGGUGGAGUACCCCGGAGAGAUCACGUCCGACUUGGGGGUGUCCAAGAUCUACGUGAGCCACAAGGACCUGAUUGGGAUCGUCCCGCUGGCCAUGGAGGCUGAGAUCCUGAACACCGCCAUCCUCACGGGGAAGACGGUGGCGGUUCCGGUGAGGGUGGUCUCCGUGGAGGAGGACGGCGCGGUGACCGACCUGCUGGAGUCCGUGGAGUGCAGAUCGUCGGAUGAGGACGUGAUUAAGGUUUCUGACCGCUGCGACUACGUCUUUGUCAACGGGAAGGAAAUGAAAGGCAAGGUGAACGUGGCGGUCAACUUCACCUACCAGCACCUGAGCGGCGCCCUGGAGAUGACGGUGUGGGUGCCGCGGCUCCCGCUGCAGAUCGAGGUCUCGGACACGGAGCUCAAUCAGAUCAAGGGCUGGCGGGUGCCCAUCGUGUCCAACAAAAGGCCGGCGGGCGACAGUGAGGAAGAGGAGGAUGAGGAGAGGAGGGGCCGCGGCUGCACGCUGCAGUACCAGCACGCCAUGGUGCGGGUCUUGACGCAGUUUGUGGCGGAGGCGGCCGACGCGGGGGCCCACCUGGCCCACCUGCUGGGCUCCGACUGGCAAGUGGAUAUCACAGAGCUGACCAGCGACUUCAUGCAGGUGGAGGAGCCCAGGAUCGCCACGCUGCAAGGGGGGCAGGUCCUGAUCGGGCAGGAGCUUGGGAUGACCACCAUCCAGAUCCUGUCUCCUCUGUCGGACGCCAUCCUGGCCGAAAAGACCAUAACUGUGCUGGAUGAGAAGGUGACCAUCACAGACCUUGGGGUCCAGCUGGUGACAGGGCUGUCACUCUCCUUGCAGCUCAGCCCGGGGAGCAACAGAGCCAUCUUUGCCACUGCAGUGGCUCAGGAGCUUUUGCAGAGGCCCAAGCAGGAAGCCGCCAUCAGCUGCUGGGUCCAGUUCAGUGACGGCUCGGUCACGCCCUUGGAUAUUUACGACGGGAAAGACUUCGCCCUGAUGGCCACGUCCUUGGACGAGAAGGUGGUCUCCAUCCACCAAGACCCCAAAUUCAAGUGGCCGAUAAUCGCCGCCGAGACGGAAGGCCAGGGCGCCCUGGUGAAGGUCGAGGUGGUUAUCAGCGAGUCCUGCCAGAAGUCCAAGCGCAAGAGCGUGUUGGCUGUGGGGACGGCAAACAUCAAAGUGAAAUUCGGGCAAAACGAUGCCAACCCCAACGCCAGCGACAGCAGACGCACGGGGACGGGUGUUCACCUGGAAAAUGACAUCACUGAGCGGAGGCCCAAAAAGACCUUGCAGGAAUGGGAGAGUCGGGAAGGAAGAAGGUUCUACGGCAGUUCUUCCGUGGGACUCAUGGAAGGGAGGGGCACCGCCACCGAGAGGUCAACCUUGCGGAAGAGUGACCGGGGAGGCCUCGUGGACGGUGACGGCCACCUGCAGACCCUCCCCGUCGACCUCACCAGCUUCCCAGCCCAGGGGGACCCGCCCAGGGGCAGCGGGGAGGCGGGCGAGAACGACCUCAUGCAGGCGUCCAAAGGGCUGAGCGACCUGGAGAUCGGCAUGUACGCCCUGCUGGGGGUCUUCUGCCUGGCCAUCCUGGUCUUCUUAAUCAACUGCGUGACCUUCGCACUGAAGUACAGGCGCAAACAGGUCCCCUUCGAAGAGCAAGAGGGUCUGAGUCACUCGCAUGACUGGGUUGGCUUGAGCAACCGGCCGGAGCUGCUGCUGGAGAACCACAUCAACUUUGCCUCCUCCCAAGAGCAGAUCACCGCCAUCGACAGGGGCCUGGACUUCGAGGAGAGCAAAUUCCUCCUCUGCACGAACUCCCAGAAAGGCAUCAACGGGCAGCUGUUCAAACCUUUAGGAGCCACAGUCGCAGACGGGAGAGAUCCGAAAGGUGAGCCCCCCACAUCCCCUACCUCGAAGAGGAAAAGGGUGAAGUUCACCACCUUCACCACCAUCCCCUCGGAGGACACGGGCCCCUCCAGGGACUCCGUGGUGACGGGCAGCGAGGAUGACAUUAAGUGGGUCUGCCAGGACCUGGAGCCUGGGGACUGCACGGAGCUACACAACUACAUGGAGAGGCUACAUGAAAACGUGUAA